AUGGACAUGGCUGCGCUCGCUUCCCCAAUUAUCGCACUGCCCCGCUCACCUGUUGACAAUGACACUGAUUACUUGGCGUGCCAAGAAAGCCAUGGCUGUGUUGGGGCUCAUUCGCGAGAGGCCGAGAGACAGAAGCAGUUGGGGCUGCUGGGUCCAAUUGUGGGGAACGUUUGGUGGCGUUCGCGGUUGUUUAGGACCGCCGGCGCUGAAGACACCGGGGACCACUUAGUGACCCGGAACCUGGGUAGGACACAUCUGACCCACCACCAGAUUGACACCGGGCAAGCAAGGCCCAUCAAAAUGGCCCCUCGCAGAGUACCUCUUCACUUGCAACAAGAGGUGUCGGAGCACAUCAAGCAAAUGCAAGGAAAAGGCAUCAUCCAACCCUCCUGCAGUCCCUGGGCAGCACCUGUAGUACCGGUGAGGAAAAAGGAUGGUGGUUUGCGCUUUUGCGUCGACUACAGGAAACUAAAUGAGAAAAGUUUCAUCUUGGAUACAGAUGCGAGUGACACUGGUAUUGGAGCGGUGCUUUCGCAGGAGGGAGACCUGCCCGGGAGUACAUCUCAGAUAUGUGCAGUGGAUCAAAAAGGGGGGGAAUUGCCUCCUGAACGGGGGGAACCAACAUCAGACCCCCUGGACGAUGAUGCCUUGACCGAGGCCCAGCACGCUGACCCAGAGUUGAAAUUGCUGAUGAAGCUAAAAGCACAGAACGGGGACAGACGCGUGGCAUUGAAUACUUACCCGGACCUGAAGAAGUUUGGGUUGGUUUGGGACCAAUUAAAGGUACAGGGACGGAGGUUGGUACGGGUGUUGCCUGCAAAGCCAAAAUUACCUGCCAGAACCCAACUUGUGUUACCCGCGUCCUUGGUACCAGUAGUAUUACAGCAGUUACACGAUAAAACUACGGGUGCUCAUUUGGGAGUUCAAAAAAUACAAGGGAAAAUAAGGGACAGAUUCUACUGGCCAGGGUGGUUUCAAAGGGUAAAGAAGUGGUGCCAGGAUUGUGGAGAAUGUGGGUCUCAGAAGCAGUCAGGUGCAACCCCCAGGGCACCCAUGGUGACCUCUGCCACUUCGGCUCCCUUUGAGAGGAUAGCAAUAGAUAUUCUGGGUCCCUUGCCUAAAACGGAGCGUUCUAAUGUGUACAUCAUGGUGGUGGGGGACUAUUUCUCAAAAUGGACAGAAGCUUAUCCUAUCCCCAACCAGGAAGCAGAGACGUUGGCCAGAGUGUUAAUGAACGAGUGGGUCUCUCGCUAUGGCACUCCAAGGAGCUUGCACUCUGACCAAGGUCGCAGUUUCGAGUCCAAUCUAUUCCAGCAACUGUGUCAUUUGCUGGAUAUAAGUAAGACCAGAACCACACCAUACCACCCACAAUCGGACGGCAUGAUAGAAAGAUUCAACCGUACACUUUUGUCUAUGUUAGUCUUUUAUGUGGAUGAAAAUCAACAGAACUGGGAUAGUCUUCUUCCAUUUGUGAUGAUGGCCUACAGAAGUAGCGUGAAUGCCACUACAGGUUUUACCCCCCAUAAAGUCUUGUUUGGUAGGGAGAUGGUUUUACCAAUCGAUGUAAUGUUAAACAUUGAUGUAAAUGAAAAGUUCCCCUCGGCUAAAGGCUAUGUGGAAAGGUUAACUGAAAGCUUGUCUACAGUGUUGGAGGCAGUAAAGAAACACCAGGCUAGAGCUUCAGAAAACCAAAAGUUUUAUUUUGAUUUUAAAGCACAACACCAGUCUUACUCAGUGGGGGAAUUUGUGUGGGUAAGAAAUAAAGCCAGAAAGAAGGGGGUGAGUCCAAAACUACAGAAAAGAUUCAAGGGACCUUUCCGAGUUAUUGAGCGAGUAUCAGACGUGCUUUAUCGAAUACAACCAGAAGGGGGAGUCUCCAGUAAUGUUGUGCAUUUUAAUCUGCUAAAACCCUGUGUGUCUCCUACCGUUACAGAACCAAUGCCACAGCUGGGGGCCCAAGUCCAUGACCAGCCGGCAACAGGGUCAUCUCUGCAGCUUGGGCGGAGGGGUGAGAGGCCACCGGGUGGUGCCAGUCGGGUGUUCCGGCGGUCGAGGGGUCCUGCUGUGGGGAGCACGGGGGCUCCUAUGGCUGCCAGAGCUGUGCCCAGGGUUAUCCCAUCUGCAGUCGGAGGGUCCCAGAGGUCGGAGGCAUCCACAGGAAACCCAGCCAGGGGGACCAGAUCGACUUCUGCUCCUGUGGUCUCUGAUGGUGUGGCCGCCGACGGGGCAGCUGCGGGUGGGACAUCCGGUUCAUCUGCUGCAGAGGGUCUGCUGUCGCCUGAGGCAUCUGCUGUGGAGGACUUCAUCCUGCCACCCGAGUCUGGUGCCCAGGAGACACCUGAGGUUGCUGGGGAGGAGUCCGGCCUGUCAGCAGCAUUGGCUGCUGGGGGGUCCUGCGUCCCAGUUGCUUCAGCUGGGGGGGAGGUCAGUUGGCCUUCCACGGAUGGAGAACCUGGUUCUCCAAACGAAGAGCAUCCCCAGCCGGAGCUGGGGACAUCGCCAGGGGGGUCACUACUUCCAGGUAGUCCGGCGGCUGGUGACCUGGGCCGGCCGGAGCGUGCAAGAAGGCGCCCUGCAUGGUGCCAAGACUAUGUUGUUUCUUUGUGA